CCAAAGAAUGUAAACGAGGGAGGGCGGUGGUUCUGUGACCACUCAGAGGGCUGGCUCACAUCUGGAAGGCAGAGAAUGAAGCCACCACACGGAGCCCAGUUUUGGAAGCCGGCAGUCCCUGGGGUCUUCCCAGGGCACUGGGGAGGGCUGAGGCCGACCAUGCCGGGACUGCUGCUGCUCGCUGCUGCGCUGCUCUCCAGCUGGGCUCAGCUUCCAGCCGAAGCCAGCUCCUGGUGGUCGUUAGCUAUGAACCCGGUGCAGAGACCUGAGAUGUUCAUCAUCGGUGCCCAGCCUCUGUGCAGCCAGCUUCCUGGGCUCUCCCCUGGCCAGAGAAAGCUGUGCCAGUUGUACCAGGAGCACAUGGUCUACAUAGGGGAGGGAGCCAAGAUGGGCAUCAAGGAGUGCCAGUACCAGUUCCGGCAGAGGCGGUGGAACUGCAGCACGGUGGACGACACGUCUGUCUUUGGGAGGGUCAUGCAGAUAGGGAGUCGUGAGACGGCCUUCACCUAUGCCGUGAGUGCCGCCGGGGUGGUGAAUGCCAUCAGCCGGGCAUGCCGAGAGGGUGAGCUCUCCACGUGUGGCUGCAGCAGGACAGCCCGGCCCAAGGACCUGCCCCGUGACUGGCUGUGGGGCGGCUGUGGGGACAAUGUGGAGUACGGCUACCGGUUUGCUAAGGAAUUUGUGGAUGCUCGGGAGCGGGAGAAGAACUUUGCCAAGGGAUCGGAGGAGCAGGGCCGGGUGCUCAUGAACCUGCAGAACAAUGAGGCGGGUCGAAGGGCUGUGUAUAAAAUGGCAGAUGUAGCCUGCAAAUGCCAUGGCGUCUCUGGGUCCUGCAGCCUCAAGACCUGCUGGCUCCAGCUGGCGGAGUUCCGCAAGGUGGGAGACCAGCUGAAGGAGAAGUAUGACAGCGCCGCCGCCAUGCGCAUCACCCGCAAGGGCAAGCUGGAGCUGGUCAACAGCCGCUUCAACCAGCCCACCCUCGAGGACCUGGUGUACGUGGACCCCAGCCCUGACUACUGCCUGCGCAACGAGACCACAGGCUCCCUGGGCACCCAGGGCCGCCUCUGCAACAAGACCUCGGAGGGCAUGGAUGGCUGCGAACUCAUGUGCUGCGGCCGUGGCUACGACCAGUUCAAGAGCGUCCAGGUGGAGCGCUGCCACUGCAAGUUCCACUGGUGCUGCUUCGUCAAGUGCAGGAAGUGCACGGAGGUCGUCGACCAGCACGUCUGCAAGUAGCUGGGGCCAAGCUCCUGGCCACCUCUCUACUCUGCCUCACAGAAGAUUAUAUUAUAUAAAUCUAUAUAAAUAUAUUUUAUAUUUGUAUAAAUGAAUGGAUGGGUGAUAAUUAAAAGAAGAAAAUGGAAAGGAAAAGCCUAUUUAAGAGACGUUAAAGAUCUUUGAGAACUGAACUUUGCUGGUUCUCAACUCUCAGUGGGUGGGACAAAGGUCGUUCCCUUUCUCCAGUGGCGACUCAGAAUGUAGGGACUUGGGAAUGUUUGCUGUCUAUCCAUUAUCCCUUGAGGAGAGAGGUGGUGGUUAGGUGGAGAAGAUGAUUCUGUCUGGAAGUCUGGAGCCUUUGCUAGGUAGAUGACUGGACUUGACCUUGGUCUUUGGGCCCAGAGGCCCUGUGGAAGGCAGCAGGAACUCAGCUUAAACCUUGGAAUCCCCAGGGUCUUGCCCAGAACAUUGAUGGGUUCUGUGAAAGGGCCAGUGCUUUCCUGGCUUUUUAUUUGUGUGCAUACUUGCAGACGUGAGGAGCGGCCCAGUGUUGUCUCUGACCCGUGACUCUACAAGGACCCACACCUCCCUGGCCUGUCUUUCCAGGGAGAAUUACUGUCCCUCCACAGUUCACUGGCUCCUGCCACAAGUUCCCUGCACCAGGAGGAAAGGGGGCCUUGGGCCUGACACAUUAGGAAAGACACGAACUGAGUAUUUGUGCCUGAGCUGCAGAAAGCCAGGCGCGUGACUAGACCGAACGAAUGUUGCACUGUGCUCCCACCCAGGGAGGGGAACCUCGUGAUGCUGCUGCUGUCACUUCCUCCAUCAGUGGAGGCCUCAUGCAUGACAGGAUGCGUAGCUAGGUCAGGCUCGGCCGGCUUGGCAUGGUCUCUUCAUCUCUGCCCCAGAUGUACAGUUUCUCUCUGACAUUAAAUACCCUCCAUUGAA